AUGGAUUUUUUAAGUGCAUACUCUGCAGUAAAUCAAGGACAUUGUCAUCCAAAAAUAGUUAAAGCACUUUGUGAUCAAGCUCAAAAACUUUCUUUAAGCUCAAGGGCAUUUUAUAAUGAUGUAUUCGGUAAAUAUGCUAAAUAUGUGACCGAGUACUUCAACUAUGACAUGGUUUUGCCAAUGAAUACAGGAGUUGAAGCGGUGGAAACAGGAAUCAAACUUGCUCGUAAAUGGGCAUAUGUCAAGAAAGGCAUCCCGGAGAAUAAAGCAAUUAUCAUAUCUUGCACAAACAAUUUCCACGGUAGGACAAUAAGCGUUAUCUCCAUGUCAACUGAUCCUGAUUCACGUCAAGGUUUUGGUCCUUUUAUGCCGCUUGUUGGUCCUAUUUGUCCUGCAACUGGUAAAAAAGUUGAACAUAAUUCAGUUAAAGAUUUGGAGGAUGCAUUGGAAGUACAUGGUAAACAUGUUGCUGGAUUUCUCGUAGAACCAAUUCAAGGUGAAGCUGGCAUAAAUGUGCCGGAUGAAGGUUAUUUGAAAAAAUGUUAUGACCUUUGUAAAAAACAUAAUGCUUUAUUUAUUGCAGACGAAAUUCAAACUGGGUUGGCCCGAACGGGCAAAAUGAUUUGUUGUGAACAUGAUGGAGUACGACCAGACAUAUUAUUAUUGGGUAAAGCAUUAUCAGGAGGGGUUUAUCCAGUAUCAGCUGUUUUGGCUGACAAAGAAAUUAUGUUGUGUAUUAAACCUGGUGAACAUGGAUCAACAUAUGGUGGUAAUCCAUUAGGAUGUGCAACAGCGAUAGCAGCACUUGAGGUGAUUAAAGAAGAACAUUUAGUGGAAAAGUCGGCUGUAUUAGGCGAGAAAUUCCGCAAAGCUUUACAAGAUAUCAAGUCACCAUUGAUUCAAACAGUGAGAGGGAAAGGUUUAUUGAAUGCAAUAGUGAUUGAUGAGAAGAAAUCCAAUAGGACUGCAUGGCAAAUAUGUUUAUUACUCAAGUCACGAGGCUUAUUGGCUAAACCAACCCAUGUCAAUAUUAUUCGAUUGGCACCACCACUAUGUAUCACUGAGGAAGAGUUGAUGACUGGUGUUAAUAUUAUUAAAAAUGCAUUGUUGGAUAUCGUCAAAAUGAACGUUGAUGACAUUCCUGGUUAUUUGGAUGAGUUGAAAUUAAGCAGCAGUAGCCAUUAA